AUGACCACUCCCGUAAUCCGUUGUUACACGGUGCUAAGCACCGCUGUAUUUGCGGUGUGGGCAGCCUUGGCGCUGAACUAUUUCAGUGGCCAAUACCAUCGCUCAACCACCGUUGCGACGGGUUCGCUGUCGCACGUCCAAACGUUCGAGCUGAAGACCAUAACAGGCCAGGUCGACCGUGCGGCUAUCGAAUUUAAUCUCAGUUACGACCUCCGGGAGGUGUUUGAUUGGAGCACCAAUGUCAUCUUUCUAUAUGUGACUGCCAAUUACGAGACUCCUAAACACCCAAUCAAUGAGCUUAUCAUAUAUGAUAAGGUGAUUGAGAAUCGUGAGGACGCUUAUGAGCCCGGAAGCGAUAUUGUCAGCAAGUACUAUAUGGUCGACUACGGUCGCUCAUUACGUGAAACCCGUGUAACUUUACGGCUCUGUUACUGCUUUGUGCCCAUAGGUGGACUGAUAUCGUCACACCAGCUUGCAGAAACACGUUUCACAAUGCCAUCGGACUAUGUGUUGUAG